AUGUCUAACAUUCGACUUCCCUCAUCACCCACCCAAAAUCUGACACGUACUUGGAGAAUGCCCGCCAAUGCCUCAAUACCUAGUACACCAAAGGCUAUCUACCAGCACAUACGUGAGAUCGAUGGCAUCUGUGGUGCUCUUGAUCAACCGCAGUUCGAUGAUACACCGCUCCCAUCUUUCAGUCCUGUUGCUGAUUGGUAUCUUCAGGCUCACGGUUAUACUUCAAAGGCUUUGCUUCAUAUUGCGUGCGCCCAUGACACGAGUUCUUCAUGCCAAGAUUUUGUUAUGGCCAUUGCUACCAAGGGUAUGCCUAUAGCUGAAGCUGUCUUCCUUUGGGGACUCAUCACAUCUGAUGACCGUGUUGCUGAUAAUGAAUGA